CCUCCGUACAGGGAGGUGGAAGUGGAGCUCCGGGAAGAUGGGGCUGGCCGUCUUUUUCGGUUGCACCUUUGUGGCCUUCGGGCCGGCUCUGUCGCUCUUUAUCCUGACUGUGGCCGGGGACCCGCUGAGAGUGAUCAUCCUGGUGGCCGGCUCCUUCUUCUGGUUGGUGUCGGUCCUCCUGUCCUCGCUCGUCUGGUUCAUCUCGGUCCAGGUCAGUGACAGGAAUGACUCCAGUCUGCAGUACGGACUGCUGAUCUUCGGGGCGGCCAUCUCCGUGCUGCUGCAGGAAGCCUUCAGAUACGCCUACUACAGGCUGCUCAAGAAGGCGGACGAGGGUCUGGCCACCAUCAGCGAGGACGGACGAUCCCCCAUCUCCAUCGGGCAGAUGGCGUACGUGUCCGGCUUCUCUUUUGGCAUUAUCAGCGGGGUCUUCUCCGUCAUCAAUAUCCUGGCGGACGCCGUCGGCCCCGGCAUCGUGGGCGUCCAUGGAGACUCCCAGUAUUAUUUUCUCACAUCAGCAUUCCUGACCAUGGCGAUUGUAUUCCUGCACACCUUCUGGGGGAUCAUCUUCUUUGCAGCUUGUGAAAAGCGGAAACCGUUCCACAUCGUGGGCGUGGUCCUCAGCCACCUGAUCACCUCCGGGUUGACCUUCCUGAACCCCUGGUACGAGGCCAGCCUCAUCCCCAUCUACAUAAUCACCCUCGGCAUGGGAGUAUGGGCCUUCGUGGCUGCCGGAGGCAACCACCACAACAUCCGCAAAUGCCUCGCCUGCAAACGGCAAGAGAGUAACCAGGUUAUGGUCUAUUCUGCUCUUCAGGUGCCCAAUGAGGACUGAGGUCCCGCUCAGCUGCCGUGCAGCCACCUACAGACAUUGAGAUUCAAGUGCUCCUCUCUCCCAGAAGCCGGCCUCCCUUUUACACCCCCCUCCCUCCCAGACGACAAGACGGACCUACCUGUUCCUCGUAUCCCCGUUUCUCUGGUUGGCCUCCAGCUCCUUCCGUCCUGUGCGCCGGCUCUGGGCCUACUCAGGCUGUGGGGGCAAUCUGGAAUUGCUCAUCAUGUAUCAACAACCAGUAUCAAGGGUCAAACUGGCCAGCUCUACUGGGAUCCUCAACCGGUUUACAGCUUUUUUUUUUUUUUGGGAGGAAGUGGAGAGUGGUUUGAUCCAGGAAGGUCCUCGCUUGAUCAUUCCGGAUCGUUGGACCUUUAAAUUCUCUAUUUUUUGGGGGGUUUUGCAGCAUUUUCAAAUCCUUUUUUUUUUUUGUGUAUGUUUUUCUGUUGGGAUGUAACGACUAUAACCCUCAUUUUCCUCAAGGAUGUUCUGUCCGCACUCACCUACUAACAGUCCUUAGUGAACCUCAGACGUCAGGAGGUAUCGCAUCCUAUUUUUGUAUUUAAUUGAACCAUACUUGGUAUAUUUUCAGCUGUACGUGUCAAACGGUUAACGGACGCCCUUAGACCGCUGCCUAUAGAGCCCAGGGUUUCCAUGGUGUCCGUCUACAUAAGUCACUUUGUGAAUCCUCUGCUUUACUCUUUUUGUACUUUUUUUUUUUUUUUUUUUGUCUUCUCCAUUCACAUCCAAAGCUACUUUAGAAAUUCUUCUGGUUGCCCUUGGGAACAGACAGCAGUGUAGCUCCACCCCGUUGUCAGUCAUGUGACCUAACAGCUGAGCUGUUACUCUUUGGUUACCAGAAAGCAGCAGAAUUUUGCUUUGGCUGGGAACGGAGAAUUUUUUUAUUUAUUUUUUACUAGAAUUUUGCUUUGGAUGUGAAUGGAGAAGUAUAUAUUUGAAAACCGAAGGAAAAGCAAAGUAUUUUCAAAGUUGCUGAGCAUUUUAUGUAGAUUUUUCACUGGAAAUUGAUCAGCUUAAUGAUUUUGGAGAGUCCUACUGUCCACGUUUAAAGACGGCACUUUUUUUUAAAGGGCGCGUCCAAAUUAAAAAUAAAUAAAGACUUUAUAAACAUUUCCCACCAAAAUUUGAAAAGUCGAUUUAGUCCGUGGGUCGCGGCCACAUUGGCUCUCCCAGGCCCCCUGACUCCUCGUUCUGGAUUUGGUUAGAGGCGUCCUAUGUCAGGGGCCUUCAAAAAGUAGAUUGGUCUCCCCACAAGGCGGCCCUCUUGUGGGGCUGGAGCCCCGUUUUGUGAUAUCACAGUGCUGCUGCCUACUUAAUAUUCAUGAGACCACCUUUAUAUGGCUAUAUCUGAACACAAUGGCUGCCUCCAUAAACCGUGGACAUCACCGCAGGGAUGAAGAAUAGGAAAGUGGACCAUCCCUUGAAGAUCACCAGUAUAGUCUAGGUUCUCUUUUGGCUCCCCUUGAGCAGUGGGGGAGAGUUGAAAAGAUCACAUUUAAAGGGGUGUCCCUCAAUGGUGCAUAUAGACAGGUCCCGGCCUCGGAGGACAAGCCCUUUAACUCCUAAGCUGCCAGUAUACUACAGACCACAUGGGCUGAACUCAAGCUGCCACGUACGUGUUGUGGGUAUUUUAUUUUAUUUUAUACUUUGUGAAAAUCCAAAGAGAUUUUGUUUAUAGUUCUCCGCAGCCAUUAUUAUCAGACUAUGCAUUGCAGGGUCUCCGGCCUCGUCCUGUCAGCAGCGAAUGAACAUGUACAAAGUGAUCACUACUGUUUUUACUGUCCUGCAAUACAGUUCUCCAAUAAAGACUGAUUUCUUGGUUA